AUGGAUGGAAAUCUUAAUUCGCGCCAAUCUGAGACGAAUUAUACGAAAGGAAGAUUCCAGCUCAGUAUGCAAAGUGAUGGAAAUCUUGUGCUUUACACUAUAUUUUUGCCACUUGGAGAUGUAAAUAGUGCUUAUUGGGCUACUGGAACCAUGCCUGCUAAUCCUGAUGCCCAACUUGUUUUCGAUGAGGCUGGUUAUGUCUUCUUAAAACGAGGGACGGAUAAUAUACGAAACAUCACGAAUGAAGACAUGGGUUCACCACAGGAUUUUUACCACCUGGCAAGGAUUGAUUAUGAUGGAGUUUUCAGAGCCUAUAGACAUCCAAGAAAGGAUUGUACUACUGAUGCCAAAGGUUGCACAUCGGCUUGGUCUAUUAUACAAAGCACUCCAGAAGAUAUUUGCGGAGCAAUCUUGAGAGGUCUUGGGAGUGGGUUUUGUGGUUACAAUAGCUAUUGUGUGAACACAAAUGGGAAGCCGCAAUGCUUCUGCCCAGAAGGAUACUCUCCGGUCGACUCAUUUGAUAUGUUUAAAGGCUGCAAGCCGAACUUUCAAUUGCCAAGUUGCCAGCAAAAUGGAUGGGAACUGAACUUGGAGUUUAUAGAGUUUAAGGAAUUAAAUAACACUGACUGGCCCUUCACUGAUUAUGAACUUCAGACUGGAACACAAGUAGAUAAGGAUACGUGCAAACAAUUAUGCCUCCGGGAUUGUUUUUGUGUAGCUGCUAUUUAUGAUAUGAACAAUUGUUGGAAGAAAAAGUUCCCCCUUUCCUAUGGAAGACAGUCCAAAAAUUUGAGCAGAACUGCCCUGAUCAAGGUUCCAAAAGGCAACACUACAGAUUUGUGCCCCGAAAGAAAAGAUCAAUCUACUCUAGUUCUUGUUGGAUCAGUACUUCUUGGUAGUUCUGUGUUAAUCAAUUUUCUUCUGUUGUUAACUAUAUCAGUUGCUGUUUUCUUCAUAUAUCACAAGAAUAUGCUAAAUUUAUGGUCCGAUUCAUCUACAUUCGGAUUGAGAAAGUAUACAUACAAAGAACUUGAAGAGGCAACUGGGGGCUUCAAGCAGCAACUAGGCCGAGGAGCUUUUGGAACUGUCUAUAAAGGUGUUACUCCAUCAACUCCGAAAAGAUAUAUUGCUGUUAAGAUGCUGAAAAAGGUUGAACCAGAGGGUGAAAAAGAAUUCACAACAGAAGUAAAUGCAAUUGGGAGGACCCACCACAAGAACUUAGUCACUCUUCUUGGUUAUUGUGAUGAAGGAGAAAAUCGGCUUUUGGUUUAUGAAUAUAUGAGUAACGGAUCUUUAGCUAGCCUUCUUUUUGGGAUAUCCAGACCUCAUUGGAACCAAAGGGUGCAAAUCAUAUGCGGUAUUGCAAGAGGUCUAACGUACUUACACGAAGAAUGCAGCACGCAGAUAAUCCACUGUGACGUGAAGCCUCAAAACAUACUUCUGGACGAGUUCUUGAUGCCUAAGAUUUCUGACUUUGGAUUGGCAAAACUUUUGUUGGCUGAGCAAAGUCGAGCAGCACGAACACACAUUAGAGGGACAAUAGGUUACUUCGCCCCCGAAUGGUUCAGGAAAGCGUCCAUCACUGUGAAAGUCGACGUUUAUAGCUUUGGAGUGAUGUUACUUGAGAUCAUUUGCUGUAAGUCAAGUGUCGUAUUUUCAAUGGAAGAAGAAGAGGAGGCUCUAAUCGAUUGGGCUUAUGACUGCUACAGUAAAAAGAAACUAAACAAAAUGGUGGAAAACGAUGAAGCAGCAAGUAACGACAUGAAAAGUGUAGAAAGACUAGUGAUGGUAGCAAUUUGGUGCAUUCAAGAGGAUCCUUCACUAAGGCCCUCCAUGAAAAGAAUUACACAGAUGCUUGAGAGAGUUGCUGAAGUUCCUGUCCCUCCUCGCCCUUCAUUAUUUAGUUCGUCUUGA